AUGCCAAAAAGAAACUUCGCGACGUUGCGGCGACGCGGUCAAGCGCUCAUGGCGACACCGCACCAGCCGUGCUGGGAUGCGUGGGACAGCGAGGACGCCUCCUAUUUCGACGCCGUGUGGCGCGUCGACUUUGUCGUGCACAUCUUCACCAACGGCCGCGUCGCCUGCUCCAUCCUGCCCGUUUCGACUGUCGACGGCGACGAGGUUUGCUCCUCGUCAUCGCCGUCGGGCGUGGAGCAGCUGCUGACCGUCGUCGUCACCAGCUCGCCGGUGCAGUCGAAUCCGAGCACGCGCAUGCUCCUCGAAUGCCUCGCAUCGCUUGACCGCAACGCCGGCCUCGGGCGCUGCCGCAAGCUGAUCAUGUGCGACGGCUUUAAGGUGCGCUCGCGCAGCCAGCGCAAACAGGGCGUGAUCACCGACGAGGAGGUGUGUCGCUACCGGGCCUUUGUCCAGGAGGUUGCGCGUCUGUGCCGUGCUGACGCCGCCUUUGCGCGCACGCGGCUGGUGCGGCUGGCGAGGCGUCAGGGCUCGGCGUUUGCAAUACGCGAGGCGGUGGAGGCGCAUGUCCGCACGCCCUUUGUCAUCGUCGUGCCGCACGAUUGUAUCGUGGCUCGGCCCGUGAAGCUGGAGGCCGUGGCGGCGGCGAUGCACGCCUCUCCGACCGUGCGCUACGUCAAGCUAGCCUCUAGGACAACAACUUACGCGCAGACAGCACUCUCGCAGUACGGGGUUCGCCUCCGCCCAACCGGUUUGUGCGAAGGCUAUGCGCUGCUGCCGAUGCUGCGGUACAUGGACAACGUCUCGAUCGUCUCGGCGCCGUUCCUGCGCGACACGGUCUUCGCGACCGGUUCAGGCGUCCGGCGCGGCACCUUCAUCGAGGACACGUUCGGCAAGCAAACGCAGAUGAAGGCGUGGCUCCAGUCGGCAGCUUUUGCUGCCAAGCAGCCACCACCCAACGGCUGCUUCCUCCUGCUCGACGGCGUCGCGGAGCCAAUGAUGCGCCACCUCGACGGCAAGGUUUACCUCGACCCGGAGCAGAGGGCGGCUGCGGGGCUGAGGCCGUACCCACACGACUGGACCGCUGCUCUGCGGCAAGGGGAAGACACUGCGCGGAACGACGUUGAGCCGCUGCGCGCGGCCGCCGCCACCGAGGAGGGGGCACUGUUGACACAGCUCGCGCCAGAGGAGGGGGACGCCGCGCCGGUGAAUGCUGGGGCGACCGUCUCGCUGGCGGCAGCGGCGGGAGGCGCCGUGGCCAGCGGGCUCAUAGCUGCCGGCCGCGUGGGCGCCUCCCAAACCUCCGCCGUGCCGCCAAGGCCCCGAGGGAACCCGCCACUCCUGUUGGGUGGGAUGUUCUCCUAA